AUGUCGGUGCGCAGGAUUGCGACAAGAGCGCCCGCGCUGCGUCGCUCCUUUUCAAGCGCGCGAGUUUAUCACGCGGACUUUACACAUGCUGUCAUCGGCGCUGGUGUCGUCGGCCUUUCAGUUGCCAGACAACUAGCGGCCCGCGAGGGCACUUCUACCAUUCUCCUUGAACGACACGAUGCACCAGGAACCGAGACCAGCAGUCGCAACUCCGAGGUCAUCCACGCCGGCCUCUACUACCCAGCCGAUUCCCUCAAAACAAAACUCUGCAUCCGCGGCCGCAAUCUCCUCUACGAGCUCUGCUCUAAGCACGCCAUUCCCCACCGCAACACCAAAAAGUGGAUUGUCGCUCAAACCCCUGAACAAUGGGAAGCUGGCCUACGGGUCCACGCCCACGCCCAAGCUCUAGGCGACGCCCCGACUCGGCUCAUCGGCGCCGCGGAAGCGACCGCCCGAGAACCCGACGUCAAAGCCGAUGCAGGUAUCGUCGAGAGCGAGACUACCGGCAUAGUGGACAGUCACUCGCUGAUGACGUAUCUGCAUGGUGACUUUGAAGAUCGAGGCGGUGACUGCGCGUUUAAGACACGCGUGACGGGGGUUGAGCCUGUUGUCGGCGGUGGAUAUAAAAUCACGGCGGUGUCGGAUGAGGAUGGUUCUGAGACCAGCAUUACUGCUGAAACGGUGAUUAAUAGCGCAGGUCACGGUGCUUGCGCUAUAAACAAUCUUUUGCUCCCGCCGGACCGUCAUCGGGUCCCGCAUUAUGCGAAGGGAACGUACUUCUCGUAUAGUGCGUCGCGACCUCGCACGUCGGUGCUGGUGUACCCGGUAACAAUGCCGGGCCAUGGGGGUUUGGGCACGCAUCUGACGCUGGACAUGGGUGGACGGAUUCGGUUUGGACCUGAUGUGGAGUGGGUGGAUGACCCCAAUGAUUUGCAGCCUAACAGUGCACGUUUAGAGCAGGCUAUUCCCGAGAUUUUAGCUUAUAUGCCUGGCGUGGAUCCGUCUGCCAUUUCGCUGGACUACUGCGGUAUCAGGCCGAAAUUGGGGCGUGGUGGUGCGGUGAAUGUGGGACAGGGAUUUCAGGAUUUCAUUGUCCAAGAGGAAGAGGGCUUCCCUGGGUUUGUGAACUUGUUGGGAAUCGAAAGUCCUGGGUUGACGAGUUGCUUGGCCAUUGGUGAGAUGGUUAAUGAGAUUCUUUAUCGGUAG